UAUUCACAAAACUCAAAAGUUAUACUUGUUUUGUCUUAAUAUUUACAAAUUAAAGUAUACAUACAAAUGUUCAACUUAAAGAAAUUAUUUUUCUAGAAUAAUUAAGUAUAAAAAAUGGUAGAAUUUAAUACUUUACUUUUUGUAACAUUUUUUUCACUAUUGUUUUCUCUAAAAUGGUUGCUUCCAAAAGUCAUCAGCUUAUUUCUCAAGUACAAGUAUUGUUUGAAUGUAAAAAUACGCACAGCUGGAAUAUUUUCAUUGCAAGACAUCAUUGUAGUGAAAAAUGGAUAUUCAGUGCACAUAGAUAAUAUUGGUUUUCGAAGUAGUUUUAUUAGCAGCGAAGUAAAUAAAUUAAUAUGUCUUGUGGCUCGAGAUGUAAGAGUUGAAAAAAAUAUUGAUUGGAAUGAUUCGACUCCAAAAAAACAGUACAAUAACAAAAUAACAAAUGUGCUGCCAAUUAUUAUGAAAUUUGCUCAGUUUUUGGCAGUUCGAAUAAGCUGUAUAUCAUUUGUAUCGUUACAACCGAAUAGUCCAGAAUGGUUGUUUGUGAUAUCUGUUACUGAUCUUCAUUUAGAUGCAUCUGUGAUUGGGUCAUCUAGACAGUUAUUAGCUAACGUUAACGCUCCUUAUGCGGAAGCAAAGUUACUUCAUCAUCCUAAGAAUGCAAAUUCAUGUUGUUUGGCUAAAGUCACAGUGAAUGUCUGUGCUGAAAGCAUAUUAGACACUCAUGAACCCUUAACAAUAGAAACAUUAAUUUUGAAGCUUGACAAAUCCAAAAUCAUUUUAAAUAAAGGUUUAUAUGGAUUCAUACAAAACAACUGUACUAAUUUAAUGUUACCAAAAAAACAGAACAAUUUAAUGGAUAUAAAUGUAUCAGAAAUACCACUUUUACCCACCAUUCCACCAUUUCUACCAAAAAAAAUUAAAAUUCAACUACAUGAGUUGAGUGUUGUUGAUGUAACAGAAAAUUCAAUUACUGAAAUGAAAGGAGAGUUAAAAGCAUUAGCGAUAGAAAGCCUCAUAACUCAUGAUGUCAAUGAUAAUUUAAUUAAACAAUGUAAUCUUUCCCUAAAAAUUGCAUUUGAAAACAUGUCUUUAAUGGGACAAGAAGAAACAUAUAUCUUAUUUGAAAAAUUUAUGUUUGAAACAAAGUAUUUCAGGAGAUCUCUUAAAUUUGAUUUGAGAAUUGACAGCGUAUAUUAUUUAUAUUCUCAUGAUGACAUUUUUCUAUGGUACACAUCAUACACAGAUCCAAUACUUAAAUCAUAUCAGUCAUCUUCAUUAGGUACAUUACAAACGAGGAAAGAAUUAUCUCAAACAAGUCAUUUUGAUGAUAUAAGUAUUGACGGAUUGUUUCAACUUCAUAAUGUUACAACCAAAUAUAGACUUACUAAAGAGUGUGUAUCUUUCAACUAUAAUAAGUUUAAACUGGUGUUGUCGUGUAACCCAUGUGUCUAUAGAAACGACAACUACUCGGACGAUUCUAAAAGUGUACUGUACAGUUUUUAUAACCGAAAAUGGUGUAGCGAUUUACAAGUAGAAACUGUGCGCUGCUGGUUACAACCAUUUUUAAAUACUGAAUACAAUCCAGGAAUGAAAAAGUGUCAUGCAUGGGGUACGCCACUAUUUAUAGGGCUGAUUUUAAUACAGAUGAAAAAUAAUAUCUCUUCAAAUACAACUAAGCUUAAUGUAUUAAUGGAUACAGUUCGUUUAGAAUGGAGUCCACCUCUAGCUCAAUUUAUUUUAAAAGCUCAUUAUUGCGUACAACAAGUUAUAUCUGCUUUGGAAUUAAAAAAACCGAAGACAGAAAAUAAUGAAACUGAUGUCACAAAAAAUAAAGUAUUGUCAAUGGAAAGUGUUGCAGUUUCUAUUUCAAUUUCAAAUGCUAAUGCAUUCCUUAUAGCAGAUCAGAAAAUCUGUAUAUUAGUACGCAUGGAUACAAUUUCAUCCGAUAUUGAGAUGCCAGAAUUAAGAUGUGUGAUUGAAGGGUUUAAAUGUGAUUCAUUGAUACCGACAAAAUACCACUACUUAUGCACAUCAUCAGACGAUUUUAAAAGCUGGUGGUUUUAUGCUAAGACAUUAAGAAUUGAAACAAAGUAUGCUAGUACCAAAGAAAUAAUUGUUGAAAUAAAUGAAAUAUUUGAAUGUCGCUGGAGUACAAAUAUUCAUUUAAAGUUGUUAACUAUAUAUACUGACAUGUCAGAUUUAAAAAAUCAUUUAGGCCUUACUGAUUCAAGUUAUUCAGUUACUGUACCAAAGUUUAUUGAUAUUUCAUUAUAUGUCAAAUCAAAGUUCAAAUUUUCUAUGAAAGUUUCAUCUGCUCAUUAUUUGUUGUUUUCUACAGACGAUUUGACAUAUUUCAAGAAAGGUGGAAAGCUACGCAAGUUAGAAAGCAAAUUAUUUAAAGUUGGAGUAGAUCAAUAUAAUAUAUUUACUGUAAAAGGGUUUAAGAUGUUGAAGACAGAUUUUAAUAAGAAUGUUAUGACGGAGAGACAAAAUUCUGAGGGGUUAACAACUGAAACAAACGCUAUUUGGGAUGUUGCAAUAGACAAUUUAAAAAUGAUGUUCCCAUACGGUUUUGAAUUUUACAGUAUAUUCCAAGGAGAAUUUUUCAGUAUUAUAAAAUGGUUAAAACUAAUUCAUAAAAAACCAAAACCAAAUCCUGAACCUUUACCAAGUGAUAUUAUUUUAAAAAUUCAAGAGAUCCUGUUUGAGCUUUCUGAUGAUGAUUUUGAGGUUAAACUUAGAGAUAACUAUGAAUUGCUCGAAGACGAAUACAAAGAGAGUUUAAAAAGACAAAAAAUGCUUGAAACCAAAGUUUCUGAAGUUGUAAAAGAUCGUUUACUAUUACCAGCUGGAAAAGUUGAAGAGUUGUUGACUAGCUUGCAAAAAAUGAAUGCACAAAUAUACAUACAACGUUCUAAGCAAAUGAAACAGCAAGCACCUGUACGAACCCGUUUAUUUUCUUGGACCAUUUGUGAUCUUUGUAUUAUAAUUUUGGCCGAUGAGUCCAUGCACGGCCCACAAAAAGUUGUCAACCAUAUUUGUGAAAUGGAUGCAGAGAGUUUAUGGCCCGAAGAGGGCUUAGAAUUUUGUAUACUUUGGUGUCGAAUGAUAUUUGCAAGCUGUGCUGAGUGGAAAUUUCAGCUUAGAGAUUUUCCUCAGACUUGGCUUGAUAUCAGAAAAUUUCAACUUUGGGGGAAAUUAGCUGGAGCUGAACAAGAACCCACACGCCGAGCUAAACGAAGUGUAACUAUUGAACUCAGUGAUCCAUAUGGAGAUGUGACCAUUGAAAGAGGAAUGACUUCAUUAAAAUAUUAUUAUGAUUUUAAUUGUGAAGUUGAUAAGUAUACAUAUUCGUUUGGACCCUGUUGGGAACCAGUGAUAGCCCAAUGUAAAUUAUGUCUAGAAAAAGUGUUAGGUUCCAGCCGUGAUCCAAGCCCACCGUUGCCUUUUUGGGAUAAAAUACGCUUAUUAUAUCAUGGUCGUUUGACUAUGAUUGUGAACGAACUUAAGGUAAAACUACAUGCAUCGCUUGAUCCUUACAACACGACUGAAGAAAUGGAAUUAAACUGGUAUAAUACAGCCAUGGAUUGGACUAAUGCAAAAUUUAUAUUCAAAGGACAUUUAAAAGUACUUGUUCGAACUGCUUCAAAAUAUGAUGAUGUUUGUUUAUUAAAUCUUCCUAAUUUAAAGUUGGGAAUUAAAUUAAAAUGGUCGUGUCUGGGCGAUCCUAACGAUCAUUAUUCAGUUAUGCCUUGUGCUCCUGAUAAACUUCCAGAGUAUUCUAGUAACCAAGAGCAUGAUUCAUUCAGAGCUUUUCGUUCUCAAAACUUAAAUGUUAGUCUUUCUAUUGAAACUAAACCAGAAUCAAAUACUGGCUCUCCAUAUACAGAUGCUGAUUACCCAGUAGCAUUAUUAUAUGGUAGUACAUUGAAGUGGUUUGAAAAUUUGAAAUUGAUUCUAUCUGGUGUGACAAGGCCAACACGAAGGGGCCCAUUGUUUAAUAAUAGCAGAAUACGUAAAUUAACAUUGAGUCGGCAUUAUAGAAAAGUUAAUUUGUGUGUGUCUCUACAACAUUUCCAAGUACAUUAUUGGGUGUCAUUUGCUUUACAACGAGGUUUUGAAUUGUUUGGACAACGUAUAUCUACAAGUUCAGAGCAUACUUUAGGUUUAGUGUCAAAUUUUGAAGACGAUUUACAACACCGUUCUCGGCCAGUUUGGUCUGUUGGUUAUAUGAACUGUGAGCUGAUGGACACAGAAAUAUGGCUAAAAAGUGCACUGCAGUCUGACCAAGAAGAGCAAGAGUCCGAGGUGAAAGAAAAACCUGUGGAAAAAUGUUAUUUAUUAAGUGUAAGUAAAGUAUCUUACGGCAGAGAAACUACUGGAACAUGUGAAGUUGAUGGAUCCCCCACUCCAAUUCACAGAUUAGUUGUGUAUCACUUGAAAGGAGCAUGGACUACAAGAAAUAGAGAUGUAGCUUUUGCUUUAUUCAAUUCCUUAGUAAAGAACCAGAAAUUAAAAAAAAAUCUAUCAACUGAAGCACUAAAAGGAUUUUGUAUAAAUGAAAAUGGAUGCACACCAAUGAAAAAUCGUACUAGAAGCGCUGAUACUACUGAACAAACUACUUCAAUAUCAUCUGUUUCAUCAGUUGCAACAUCAUCUACAUGUCAAGCUAGUCCUUCUCCCAUGUCAAAAUUACAAUGUGGUGGUCAAGCAGCCAACAUGCUACAACAACUUAUAUCUGAAGUUGAUAAUAAGCCUGUAGUCUUCAGUGAUGAUCUUUCUAUGCAAGUAACAAGGGAACGAAGAUUACAAGGUUUAUCUGAGUGUCAGCAAGAUGAUGUUCUUUACAAAAAUUGGCUAAUUGCAUUGAUCAACAGUCAAGUAUUACUUAAAGGAUGUGAAACGAAAGGUUAUGUAAUUGUAAGUGCUGCCAAAGCAGAAAUUUUACAAAGAAUUCAUCGUCCGGUGUGGAAAGAUCAUUCAUUAGUUUCUAAAACUACAUGGGUAGGAACUCUGGAUAGUAUGCAAUAUUACGCUACAGUUAGUGCGGGGAAAACAGAUUUUCUUGAUGAACAUAUCAUGUGGUUAAACGUAGAAAAUAUUCAACAAAAGGACAUUGAUAGCAUAAUCAUAUCAGAUCUUCCUGAUUUGCCUCAUCUUGUCGGAAGUGGACAUAGUGUUGGAGGUGUUGUAAGUGAAACCGUUGGUGCUAGUAAUGUUGGGGAAAACUCUCCUUUGCAGCUCCAAAGAAUUGUUUCACGAUGUAAAUGUGAGUUCUUUUAUGCUGGUCACGGCGAAAGCAGUUUAAAUCCAGCCCAUUUAACUGAAGUACCUCCACCACCAACUGCUACUCCUGAUGUGGUUGGUGAUCCGGAUUCACAUGAACCUGUAGAUGCAUUUACUCUAAUGCAUCAUGAUUUAGAUGUAUGCACUAAUUCACUUCAGUAUGCCAUGAUAUUAGAUAUUGUCAAUAAUUUACUUCUAUAUGUUGAACCUCGGCGAAAAGAAGCUUAUGAACGAUUACAAAGAAUGCGUUUCCAAUUACAGUUGCAAAGUAGUCAAGACCAUAGACAGCCUAUCCAACAACUACAAAAUCAUGUUCGGUGUUUAGUAGCAAAGUUAAGAAGACUUGAAAAAGAAAUAUUUUUAUUGAAAAAAGAGGAAGAUUGGCAAAAUGAUGAAUUAUUGUCCUCUGAAAUAAGAAAUUUGGAAAAACAGAUGAAUGAGUUAAAAGAUCAAUUAAAUUCAGAAAGUGAAGAAUUAGAUAUGAUGGUAUCUUGUUAUAAAGAGACCCAGCUACGAGCCACUCAAAAAUUAGCAACAUUAAGAGGCGACAAACCUAGUGUAGUACCAUCUAGAGCUAAUGAAAUAUGUUUUAAACAUGCACAGUGGCGAUUAACAGAAAACGAUGGACAAUUAGGUAUUGCAGAUUUGGUUCUCAGUAAUUUUUUGUAUACAAAAAAUUCCAAAAGUGAUGAUUCUGUUGAGCACUUACUAGAAUUAGGAUAUAUCAGAAUGACAAAUCUCCUUGCUAAUGAGUUGUAUAAAGAAGUUAUUCUACCCACUGAAAUACAAAAUAAUAUGCCAGUUGAUGAUCGCAAAAGGGCAGUCAGAAUAUUUUGUAGAGAAAAAGCACCUGUUGGAGGUAUAUCUGUAAAGGAACAUUUUGAAAUUAAUGUUGUGCCCUUAACUAUUGGAAUGACAAAAAAGUUCUACAGUACCAUGAUGAGAUUUUGUUUUUCUGAAAGAGAUUCAGAAAAUAUAGAUGCUGAGACAGAAGAAAAAUGUAAAGGAAAAAAAAAAGAAAGUAAUUUUUAUGUUCCUAUAGAGCAUAAAGAUGAUGUUGAAAAAAUGAAGGAAAGAGCCGAAAAGAAUAAGCUAUUUAUUUAUAUUAAAAUUCCUGAAGUACCUGUAAAGGUUAGCUACAAAGGAAAUAAAGAAAAAAACUUAGAAGACAUUAGAGAUUUUAGUUUAGUUAUUCCAACUAUUGAAUACCACAAUGUUACUUGGACUUGGUUAGACCUCUGUCAAGCCAUGAAAACAGACAGUAGACGAGUUAUUGUAUCUCAGGCUAUUAAACACAAAUUACAAAUAAAAACUAGCAAAUCUAUAGCAGAUGGUGGUGUAUCACCACAAGAAGAAGAUAAAGCUAGAAUGCUGUUUGGAAGCAAAUUGGUUCAGAGUGAAAACAGAUACUCCAAACGUGGCAUUUUAAAAUUUCCUAAGUAAUAUAUAUACUACAAUGAAAUGAUGUAUUUAUAAACUGUGAUACACAAAUAGUUACCUGAACAAUUAAGGAAAACUUUAUAGGAAUACCUUUAACCAGAUACAUGUUUAUUUUGUUGGUUAAACUUUAAUUGUGAACAUAGCAUUUAUUAGGUAUAUAUAAAUAGGUAUACAUAUAGAACAUUUUUUAAUUUAGCAUAUUAUAAUACAUAAAAUUGAUUUAUGUACUGCGGGUAACAAUAUUUUGUACAAAACUUGGUUCUAGAUUAGAA